AUCGGUCUGAGAGGACACACACAGGAGCAGUUCAUUUGGGACCUGCUUGGUGGCUGUUAUCUUGAUUCUAUCUUCACCAUCACAUGGAGAUUUCUAUAAGUGUACUGCAUACUGUGUACAUUGUACUCAAUGAUUGCUUCAGUUUAUAAAGAAGCCCCACCAACUGCAAACUAGUGGGACUUACCCAGGAGCUGCUGUGGAUACAUUUCUCUGCCAAAAUCUUUUGAAAUUUGGCACGGUAUUCAAAAGUCCGUGAAAAGAAAAAACUCUAGUUCUGACUUCAGCUUCCAAUGAAGACAGACUUGCUGCUUUUCAACGGUUUUCGAAGAUCCAGUGACCCACGCUCUGCAGUAAGAAUUAGCUAACUUUCAAAAACAUCUGGAAAAAUGAAGACAUGGUUAAAAAUUGUAUUUGGAAUCGCUACCUCUGCUCUGCUCGCUUUAUUGGUGAUGUGCAUUGUCUUAAAUCCUUCCAGAGUCUAUUAUUCUGAGGGAAGUACAAUGAGAACCCUCACACUGAAUGAUAUUUUAAAUGGAACAUUUUCUUAUAAGACAUUUUUCCCAAACUGGAUUUCAGGGGAAGAAUAUCUUCAUCAAUCUACAGAUGAUAAUGUAGUAUUAUAUAAUAUUGAAACAGGAGAAUCAUACACAAUUUUGAGCAAUAGCACCAUGAAAAGUGUGAAUGCUUCAAAUUAUGGUUUGUCACCUGAUCGGCAAUUUGCAUAUCUUGAAAGUGAUUACUCAAAGCUUUGGAGAUACUCUUACACAGCAACAUAUCACAUCUAUGACCUCAACAAUGGAGAAUUUGUAAGAGGAUAUGAGCUUCCUCGUCCAAUUCAGUAUUUAUCCUGGUCGCCUGUUGGGAGUAAACUAGCAUAUGUCUAUCAAAACAAUAUCUAUCUGAAACAAAGACCAGAAGAUCUGCCUUUUCAAAUAACAUAUAAUGGUAAAGAAAAUAAAAUAUUUAAUGGUAUCCCAGACUGGGUUUAUGAAGAGGAAAUGCUUGCUACAAAAUAUGCUCUCUGGUGGUCUUCUAAUGGAAAUUUUUUGGCAUAUGCAGAAUUUAAUGAUACAGAUAUACCAGUUAUUGCCUAUUCUUAUUAUGGUGAUGAACAGUAUCCUAGAACGAUAAAUAUUCCAUACCCAAAGGCUGGGGCUAAGAAUCCUACUGUUCGGAUAUUUAUUAUUGAUACCACCUACCCUCAGUAUCCUGGGCCCCGAGAAGUGCCAGUUCCAGCAAUGAUAGCCUCCAGUGAUUAUUAUUUCAGCUGGCUCACAUGGGUUACUGAUGACCGAAUAUGUUUGCAGUGGCUAAAAAGAGUUCAGAAUGUUUCAGUCUUGUCUAUAUGUGAUUUCAGGGAAGACUGGAAUACAUGGGAUUGUCCAAAGACCCGAGAGCAUGUAGAAGAAAGCAGAACUGGCUGGGCUGGUGGAUUCUUUGUUUCAACACCAGUUUUUAGCUAUGAUAGCACUUCAUACUACAAAAUAUUUAGCGACAAGGAUGGCUACAAACAUAUUCACUAUAUCAAAGACACUGUGGAAAAUGCUAUUCAAAUUACAAGUGGCAAGUGGGAGGCCAUAAAUAUACUCAGAGUAACACAGGAUUCACUGUUUUAUUCUAGCAAUGAAUUUGAAGGUUACCCUGGGAGAAGAAAUAUCUACAGAAUUAGCAUUGGAAGCUAUCCUCCAAGCAAGAAGUGUGUUACUUGCCAUCUAAGGAAAGAAAGGUGCCAAUAUUACACAGCAAGUUUCAGCUACUACGCCAAGUACUAUGCACUCAUCUGCUAUGGCCCAGGCCUCCCCAUUUCCACCCUCCAUGAUGGCCACACCGACCAAGAAAUUAAAAUCCUAGAAGAAAACAAGGAAUUGGAAAACGCUUUAAAGAAUAUCCAGCUGCCUAAAGAAGAAAUUAAGAAACUUGAAGUAGAUGAAAUUACUUUAUGGUACAAGAUGAUUCUUCCUCCUCAAUUUGACAGAUCAAAGAAGUAUCCCUUGCUAAUUCAAGUGUAUGGUGGUCCCUGCAGUCAGAGUGUAAGGUCUACAUUCUCUGUUAAUUGGAUAUCUUAUCUUGCAAGUAAGGAAGAGAUAGUCAUUGCCUUGGUGGAUGGUCGAGGGACAGCCUUCCAAGGUGACAAAAUACUGUAUGCAGUAUAUCGAAAGCUGGGUGUUUAUGAAGUUGAGGAUCAAAUUACAGCUGUCAGAAAAUUCAUAGAAAUGAGUUUCAUUGAUGAAAAAAGAAUAGCCAUAUGGGGCUGGUCCUAUGGAGGUUAUGUUUCAUCGCUGGCCCUUGCAUCUGGAACUGGUCUUUUCAAAUGUGGAAUAGCAGUGGCUCCAGUCUCCAGCUGGGAAUAUUAUGCAUCUAUCUACACAGAGCGAUUCAUGGGUCUCCCAACAAAAGAUGAUAACCUUGAGCACUAUAAAAAUUCAACUGUGAUGGCAAGAGCAGAAUAUUUCAGAAAUGUAGACUAUCUUCUCAUCCACGGAACAGCAGAUGAUAAUGUGCACUUCCAAAACUCAGCACAGAUUGCUAAAGCUCUGGUUAAUGCACAAGUGGAUUUCCAGGCAAUGUGGUACUCUGACCAGAACCAUGGAAUAUCAGGGAUCUCCAUGAACCACUUGUAUACCCACAUGACCCAUUUCCUAAAGCAAUGCUUUUCUUCAGGCUAAAAUCAGUGUAGAUACAAGCCUGCAUCACAAGCUGGAAAAUUUGCCCUCAGUCAGUUUGCCCUGUUUGCUUUUAUACUGUAAAAUACUGGUAUAAACAAACAAAUGAAUAUUGGUCUGAAGGCUGGUAAAAUUUUUCCUAAAUAUUGUUUACAUUUUCUAGUACUACGUGAAAGAAAAGAAAAAGUUAUUUUUCAACAGUGCUUUAAAAACUGUAUGGGGAAAGAAAAUAA